GGUGGUAGUAGUGCUCUUAGGCUGUUUAGCUAAAGCCAUUUUCAAACAAAAAAAAAAAAAAGGGAAGACCAAAGGGAGAAGGAAAAACAAAAAAGGGAAGAGAAAGAGAUAGAAAGGAAAGAUACAGAGAAGCUUGUGAAACCAAAAGCUGAGAUAACAUAGUGCACAGCCAAAGAAAAACAAAAACCAAAAGCUCAAAUCCCAAUUAAAUUUAUUAAAAAAAAUAUCCGAAAAUCAUUUGUUUUGUUGGUUAUCUUCUUAUCCUCUCUAUUAUAAUUUUUUUUUUGUCUUCUCAUCUGAUCUCUUUAGCUAUGGAUCCUUUUGAUUUGUUUCGCAAAGGUUAAAAUCUUGGUGAGAAGUGAAUUCUAGGGUUUUGAACAGUGUCUUGGCAAAAUUUUGGUUUUGGGUAGAGUUUUGUGGAAAUCAAGGGUGUAUCCUCUGCAUCAGUUUCCUCUAUCUAUGUAGAAUCUUUUUUCAUUUAAGUAAAGAAUGAGCUUAUUAAAGAAAGGGACCCAAAUUAGUGACACCAAACUAAAUACCCCUAGCAAGGUAACAACUUUGAAUCCUAAUGCCGCAGAGUUUGUUCCCUUUUCCCUUAGGUCACCAGGUUCUUCCGGAAGCACUAGCGCCGCUGAUGCAACAGCAAAAUUUGCUACUUCUGGGACCAUAGGAAAAGCAGUGCUUGAUCGGUCAGAGUCUUCUGUUUCAAAUAAUUCUGACGAAGAGGCUCAUCAGUUCUGGCGUCGCCAGCUGCCUGAUGACAUUACCCCAGACUUUAAGGUUAUUAAUGAGGAUGAUUCUCAAGGAAUUGGGUCUGGGAGCCUCUCUUUGGCAGGUUUGUCCUUGCAUGAUGGUAGCGAAGCUUCAAGGUUUCCUGCUUCUGCUGGUAGUGGAUAUGCAUUUGGUGAUCAGCAGGAACUACUGCAGCAUUAUGGUAAUGGUAAUAACUACGCUGAAAAAUUGAGAUAUCCUGUUUCGUCCUAUGGAGAGGAUCCUACUUCAGCUAGUUUUUUGCAUUUGCCAGCCAAACCUUGGGACAAACAACUAGUUAACAGUGAUCAGCUAGUUGGCAAUGGGAAGGAGGGACAUCCAUAUAAUGGAAACUCUAGACAUGGAUUCGUCAAUGAUAUGUUGGGGGAGCACACAAUUAUCGAUGAUACUGAAAUGAACCCUGUGGAGUUUUUGGCUUCUCAAUUCCCUGGAUUUGCUGCUGAAAGCCUUGCUGAAGUUUAUUUUGCCAAUAGUUGUGACUUAAAUCUGACUAUUGAGAUGCUCACUCAGCUUGAGCUUCAAGUUGAUGGUGGUUUCAACCAGAAUCUGAAUUCAAAGACCUUGUCAGCUCCCAAUCUGAGCACACUAGACUUUCCUGCGCUUACUGUGCCAGAUGGUCAGAGUGGUCCUCCAAAAUAUGGAGGAGAUGACCUUCAACACAGUGCCAAUCCUUAUCGAACUUCUGACAAGGAAAAUAUGCUUAUGUUCAAGUCCGGUUCUUCCCUUUCAUCUAGAGGUGCCAUAGAUUUUGCUUCAGCUGUCAGGAAAAUGGCAUCUCAAGAUUCCGGAAUAUGGAAGUAUGAUAGAAAUGGUUCUGCCGAUUCAACUGUUGGCUCAAGUAGAAGUUCUCAUGGGUCGGCUAAUACCUACAGUGCUGCAACUGGAAGAGGGGUUUAUGCUAAUAGGUUGCAGACUCGUGGUUCAGCCCGUUCUGCUCCUGUUUGGCUUGAAACUGGAGAUGCAGUGGCAAAUUUGUACUCUGAACUGCGGGAAGAAGCUCGAGACCAUGCACGUUUACGUAAUGCAUACUUUGAACAGGCACAUCAAGCAUUUGUUUUUGGCAAUAAGGCUCUAGCAAAGGAACUUAGUGUGAAAGGGCAACUGCAUAAUAUGCAUAUGAAGGCAGCUCAUGGAAAAGCUCAAGAAUCUAUAUAUCGCCAGAGGAACCCAGUUCCUCCAGAGAAUGUCAGAGCGCAGGAGCGGAUGAUAGACCUGCAUGGGUUGCAUGUUAGUGAAGCCAUUCACAUGCUGAAGCAUGAACUGUCAGUGCUCAGGAGCACAGCACGGGCAGCAGAGCAGCGUCUGCAGGUUUACAUAUGUGUUGGAACUGGCCACCAUACUAGGGGUUCCCGUACUCCAGCAAGGCUUCCAGUUGCUGUACAGCGAUAUCUCCUUGAAGAAGAGUGCCUUGACUAUACAGAACCACAGCCAGGGCUACUUCGAGUUGUGAUAUAUUGAAGCCAUGGACAUGACAGCGUAAGGUAUAGGAGUUUUUGACACAACAGAAAAACUCAUCAAGUCUUAGUCGUCAUAGUCAAAUUCUUGUAUCUGUACAUGGGAGGAAAUGGAAGACAAAGUAGUUGAACUCUGAAAAAAAAAGGAUAAAAAAAUCGAAAAAGGAUUUGGAAAAAAAAAAAAGGAAAGAGAAGCUAGGGGAAAGAGAAAAAGUGGGGAAAAAAACAAUCAGAGAAGUGUACCAUUAAUGUGUAGACAGAUGACAGCAGCAAUUGCAUUUUGGUAGCAUCAUGGAGGGGCUGACACCAGCCAGCAACUUCUCUCCGUUUUGUUAAUUUUGUAUCUUAAUUUUUACUUUGUUAAAUUCCUUUUUUUUUUAUUUUCUUUUUGGGUUCAUUCUCAGAUUUAACUGAUAGAAUUGGAUUACAUGAUAGUACGAUUCAUCAAGGGUAA